AUGAGUGCAGCGGACAAAGACGUCUCACGUCGCAGCCAUCACAGCAACGGACGACAACGUCCCAGUAGUUUUCGACUCAGUAGUAGUGACGAACGUCCGUCAUCUCAAGCGUCGCCUCUAUCACAUCGCACAGGUGGCAAGAAAAAGACAAGUUCUUUAUCGAUUGAAGAAGGUGAUUUUGUAUGGGUACGAGAUGAAUGUGGCGUUUGUACGUCUGCUGUGAUCGUACGCACUGGUUUUUUAUAUGAUGAAGAGGCAGAGAAAGAGCAGCACGUGACGGUUGUUCAUACAGAUGACGGUGAAGAACGUGUCAUACGUGACCGACCGUUGGUUAAAUUACCAGUGUGUCAUCAUCCAAAACAGCUGCUUUCGUUGGAACUUCAUGAUCUGAGUAAUGUCCCCCUUAUGGCUACAAAUGGCGAUACCGGACGAACGGAAACGUUUACAUCGGAACAAUUGGAAAAUGUGACGUUGUAUAUAUUACGAGCAAGAUAUCGUAUGGAACAAGUGUAUACAUGGGUGGAUCGAGUAUUAAUUGGGGUGAAUCCCGUCACUCCAUUGCCUAUUUACACACCUGAUCAUAUGCAAGCAUACAGUAAAAGCAGGGAACAAACUCCAUUGUACGAGAAAGAUACAGUGAAUGAUGCACCACCACAUGUGUUUGCACUUGCACAGAAUGCACUACGUUGUAUGCAAGAUGCAGGAGAAGAUCAAGCAGUGAUUUUACUUGGAGGAAUGGGUGCAGGGAAGUCAGAAGCAGCGAAAUUGAUUGUGCAGUAUUUGUGUGAGAUUGGGGACAGUGCUAUCCCUCGUCCUGAUUUGGAAGGAGAUACGGGUAUUCUUUAUCCCAUUGGACAGCAAAUUCUGCAUGCUUUUACUAUCCUAGAAGCUUUUGGAAAUGCUGCUACACCAUUGAAUCCGAACUCGUCGCGUUUUGCAAAAAUGAUUUCAGUGGAAUUUAGUAAACACGGUCACGUGAUUGGAGGCGGCUUUACAACGCAUUAUUUUGAAAAGUCACGCAUUGUUGACUGUCGAAGUCAUGAACGCAACUUUCACAUUUUGUAUCAGGUGCUUGCAGGUGUACAGCAUGACCCUACGCUUCGUGAUUCACUAGAGCUGAAUAAAGGUGUGGAGGAAUUUGAUUUACUAAAGCAGGCGGACCCUAAGCUGACAAACUUUGCACUUGAUGCUCGCGAUGCCGCGUACCGCGAUCUCAUGUCGAGCUUCUCGGCUUUACGUAUUCGAAAAAUCCAACGUGUGGAGAUUGUGCGCAUUGUGGCAGCGUUGCUGCACUUAGGAAAUGUGGAUUUUGUUUUAGAUCCCGAAGGUGGCAAGUCUGGAAAUGAUGCCAGUUCUGCAACAAUAAGUGAUGCACAGUCGUGUAUAUUGAAGGAUCCACCUCAAAUUCUGCUUGCAGCAAAGCUCCUUGACGUGGAGCCUGUUGUCUUGGAUAACUACUUUCGCACACGCCAGUUUUUUAGUAAGGACGGUAGUAAAACGGUGUCGUCGUUGAAGGUGGUGACUGUACAUCAAGCACGUAGGGCACGGGAUACUUUUAUCCGAAGUUUGUACGAGUCACUUUUCAAUUUCCUUGUGGAGACGCUUAAUGGUAUUUUGGGUGGAAUCUUCGACCGGUAUGAGAAAUCAAAUAUUGUGAUUAAUUCGCAAGGUGUCCACGUGCUGGAUAUGGUUGGCUUUGAGAAUCUGGAACCGUCACAAAAUACUUUUGAUCAACUGUGCUUCAAUUACUGGAGUGAAAAGGUGCAUCACUUUUACGUACAAAACACAUUGGCCAUCAAUAUCUCGGAUCUGGAAGGUGAGUCGCAGCAAGUGGAGAACUGUCUGACUGUGCAUUCCAACGUAGACAUCACGACCGAGCAGGAAAAAUGUUUGCAGUUGUUCGAGGACAAGCCUUUUGGUAUUUUCGAUCUGUUGACAGAAAACGUGAAGGUACGAUCUCCCAAUGAUGAGGAUUUCGUGAACAAAUUGUUUUCUGGUAGUGAAGCCGUUGGGGGUUUGUCGCGACCAAACAUGGGCGCCGAUACAACAAAUGAAUAUUUGGCGCCUUCAAAAGACUGGCGACUACUGUUCAUCGUUCAGCACCACUGCGGCAAAGUUACAUACAAUGGAAAAGGACUUUCGGCAAAGAACGCCCUUAGCAUUUCCUCAACAUGCGCAGCAAUCAUGCAGUCGUCAAAGAAUGCCGUACUGCAUGCUGUUGGGGCUGCUCAAGUAGCUGCAGCAUCCAGCGGAAAGGCUGCAAAACAAGCUGGUCAGCGAGGAAGCAGCAUCUCCUCGAAGUUCAGGAACUCGAUUAGCUCAGCAAGAGAGUCUAAGGUGGGUGUUGAUAGUGCAGCAACGGAUGUUAACAAUCAAGCAGAUGCCCUGCUGCAUGCGCUGAACCACACUGGCAAGAAUUUUCUCGUUUGCAUCAAACCGAACGAGGAGCUCGAACAAGGGGUGUUUGACUCAGCCUAUGUGAUGAAACAAAUCCGCGAUAACCACUUGGUAGAACUGAUGCAAGCAAGCCGCUCUAUCUUCACAGUUCAUCUGACGUAUGGCCACUUCUUCAGGCGCUACAAAAAUGUAUGUGGUCACCGUGGAACAUUGGAGUCACUGCUGCGUUCGUUAUCGGCUAUCGGUGUGUUGGAAGAGGAAAAGUUUGUGGUUGGAAAGACGAAAAUAUAUUUGACUAGCCACCAAUGGAAAAAACUGGAAAAGGCACGUUUUUUGUAUCUUAACGCGUGCGCGACAAUGAUCCAGCGAAACAUGCUUCGUGGCGGAUUCCGCAAAAAGUCGACGCGAUUAUUGUAUGUUAUGCGAGGUCUGCGUGAAGCCAUGGCACAGCGUGAUCAGAACGAAAUCAUCCAGCAUCUGGCCAAUUGCAAACACAUUCUGGGAAAGCGCGCAUCGGAAGACAUUCGUCUGUUGAACGAGGGUCAGCAGCUGAUUACACGUCUAGACGAGGAGGAAUACGUGAACUCUAUCAUUGCAGAUGCCACCAGAAUUGGCCAUCCUGCCUUGAUUGAGUACGCUGUACAAGUCGCAGAAAAGAGUUCUCCGUGGCUAGCCGUGGACCAUUUGCGCAAGAAAAGCAAGAGCAUUGUAGCGCUUCAGAAGCAAAAAUGUGAGAAAAUUGCAGCGAUUAACAAAAAGCUUCGGGCUUCGAUGAUUGUCAAUGACCCAGAAGCACUUAUGGGGUCUCUGGCAACGCUUGAAGAACCUUCGGUCGAGUCGUUGGAAAGAAAACUAGCUACAAUGAUGAUUAUCCGUGCUCUCGAGGAGAAAAGUGCUGUGGAGUCCGUGAUGCAUGCUCUCUCGACGAUUGGAACAGAUGACGAUAAUGCUACCAUUUUGAAGAAGUUGCUUGGACUGGCAACUAAAGCUUUGUGCCUGGGUGUGGAGGCCAAAUUGCCAACCUUUGUGGAGGCUCUCAGUGCAAUUCCUUCUGAUGUUGAUGAUACAGUUGAAGAUGAGGAGGAAGAACAGCAAAAAGAAGAAAUGCUGAAGGAAGAAGAAGCCGUCGCUCUACAUGCUGCUGUAUCUGUUGACACAACAAACUUAUUCGCUGCUCUUCAGAGGGCUUUAGAUGACGAAAACUUUAUUGCAGUUGAGAAAGUAUUAGCCCGUUUAAAAGGACUUGGCGUUAAUGAGGGAGAUCCCCGAAUGGCGGAUGCCGAGCGUGCAUCAAAAGUUCAAACCGUUCCUGUAACUACACUUUCAGAGCGCAAGCAAAUGGUGAAGCUCUUGGCAGUGGCUAAGAUUUCACAAGACAUCGAACUGCUAUCGGAAGCAAUUGAAGCUGCUGUUGCGGCUGGUUUAGCAAAGUGGGAUUUUAAUUUAAAGAACGCUGAACGGGAGCUCGAAAAGCUAGUCGCCGCUGCCGACUUGGAAGAUGCUCCUCCUCCGGCCCCUGUUGCAGAAGUAAAGUCGCUAUCUCCUAAGCCAAGUGUUCUCGUAAAGAAAGAGCAGAAACCACUGGGACCAACACCAAUCAAAGUGCUCUUGCUGAUUUGGGAGGCUGCUAAUGUCACCGACCUGGACCAGCUGCGAUCGUUUGUUUCACCUCAGUUGGAAGCUGCAUUUGAAGCAAAGAUGACACGAUUACAGAAAGUGGCUAGCGUCGAAGGUGCUCUAAGCCAGGCACUUGACAGUGAGGAUCCGAAGGUAAUUGAACAAGAGCUUGGACAAUCUAUCAGUAUAGGGUUCUGUUCGCCGCUUUUUGCUGCGCUGUUUGACCGCUACUCGAUGCUUCGAAGCACUGGGAACGGUGAAGAUGCGUCCGAUGGGGCUGACGUCAUGGAUGGGCUGCACGCAGUUAUUCGGUUUUUGACUCGUCGACUAGAGAAAAACGCUGAAACGCGCGAAGAUGCUGUGCAGCUCCUUUCCACGGAAAUUGAUGAAUUUUCUAGUCCAUCAAAAGAUGAAAAUGAGACUGAAUAUGAUGACAUUGAACGUGAACAGGUGCUUCUUACAGCAGGCAAUUUACGACGAACUUUAGAGGCUCGUAUCACUGCUGCUACCCGCUUAGAAUCAGUCUUGGCGCUUCCUACGGAUGCAUCUUCGGUAGGAGCGUUAAAACUUGGUAUUCAGGCUGCAAGAGAAGUCGGCGUACACGAACGACUACUGACGAAAGCUGAAGACAAGAUGGUGACAGCAAGAAGAAGGUCUGUCGUUUCCGUUGACCGAUUGCGAUCUAAUGGGCCUGGCACUCUUACUCGCAACGAUAGUGAAAACAGCAGCACACACGGCAGCACACACGGCAGCACACACGGUGAAAACAGCAGCACACACGGUGACGGUGAGCGUCCACGUUGCGAUACAACGGAAUGGCCAGGUAUGUCAGGUGAAGACGAAGUUGCUGACAAUGUGAGCGACAAAAAAUCAAAGUCGAGUGUGGAAAAGGAUGCAUUGGCAUUCAAACAUUUUGAAAAGUUACGUGGUUAUAACGCUCAAUCGGAGCGUGCACUUGCCAAGAAAUUAUGCUGGGAAAGUCGUGCUAUCUCGCAGAGUCUAUCGGUACUUGAUGAUAACCUGGACGAGGUGCCAUCUCUCGCUACGUCUGCAUCAACCGGACAAAUGGCACUCUCGAUCAACCGGUGCAUUUUAGGAUAUAUGCGGGACCGCAUUGUGUUUUACCGUGAAAUGCUUGCGCAGUAUGUCCUUCAGAUCGCAUUGACGAAACCUUCUCUCGUGGAUGAAAUCUACCUGCAGCUUAUGAAGCAGUUAACGAAGAAUCCCAAGCGAGACAGCAGCAUUCGUGGUUGGUCACUUUUUGCUAUGUGCGCUACCUCUUUCCCACCUUCGUUAGCGCUUCAGAAGUAUGUGCUAAUGUUCUUGAAGGCACAAGUUGCUGAGUCGAAUAGUUUCUGGCGACUUGUGCGCAACUUUGCGGCCUAUUCGCUCAAGAAACUAGACAACCUGCUCGAAAAUGGAGCAACAGGUUUCAUUCCAAGCAUCGACGAGAUCUGUGGCUACGAAGCACGACCACCAUUCCUGGCGACAAUUCAGUUACUAGACGGCACCCCGUUGGCAGAUGCCUUCCCGGUCACGCCAGAGCUCACCGCGGCACAGCUCAUCGAGAUUUGCUCGCACUUCCUCGGUCUAGAAGAUCAUGUCGUCAACUUUUUAGGCCUCACUGUGAUAUCUGAGCGCGCGGUUGUUGGCAAAAGCGGCAACUUGGGCUCUGCGGUUACGUCAACGACCAGUUCAUUUGUACCGGCUACUAGUGAUAGCAACGACCUGGGUGUUGAUUGCAGUGAUGGCAGAACCGAACCAGGAGCGCUCCCGUCAGCUCUUACUGUCAGUACGUCAACAUCGUCGACUCAAUCGUCGUCGUCUUCAUCGAGCUACUUUCACAAGUUUAUCGCAGCCCCGUCAUUCUUGAACUCUGAUGCGUACCUUGGCGAUAUUUUUGAGAAAGAACUGAUCCGUGGACGCGAGGUGCGGUUUGUGUUUAAGAUCCGGCUCAGCCCAGUAUACAUGCUACAGUACACGGAUGACAUAUACGACCGUCUCGUAUACAUUCAGGUGCAGGAAGAAAUCGUAAAAGGGAAUUUGCCAGUACUGGAAGAGGAAGCCCUGAUUCGGCUCACGGCACUAGCUAUUGCCGUGGACUGCGAAGAAACCCCGCCUGUUUCGGUGGAGGAAAUUGUCGAGAUGGGUGUCUUAGACUACCUUCCAGAGGAGUGGCGAUCCUUGCACGAUGAAGAGGAAUGGGCUGAGCUUAUGCUGGAUUCGAUCACGGACAACUUUCUCGACGAGCAGGACUCUCUGUUCCCCGUCAGCGAGCUGCAGCGCAUUUACAUCGACGAGGUGACGCGUCACCGGUUGUAUGGUUCCUGUUUCUUUCCAUCCAAGUUGGUGAACCGUGGGUCAAAGCGCGAUGGCUUUACAAACGCACUUAAUUAUUGCCUGGGCAUUGAGCUGCCAAAUUACUUCGUAAUCGCAGUAAAUGGCUACGGCAUGCACAUUCUUGGUCGUGACGGCGCCAUGCUGGGUUUUUGCGAAUACGCGGACAUUGCGUACUGUAGUGGUGCGUACCCGCAGUAUAAAAUCUGCUUGAAAAAGGCAGCAGACGUGGCCGCCCCGAUGGAGGAUAUCAUUGUUAUGACAAAGUACUCGGCAGAGCUGGAUGCACUCAUCGCUGAUUACAAAGAAAUUACGGCACUUAUGAUCGAGGUGUAG